AUGCACUUCCACUCCCUGUUGCUCGCGACGGCCCUGACCGCUGGGUCCGCCGCUGCCCGUCUUCACGGCCACGAGCGCCGUCACGCCCACGGCCAUGCCGUCGAGAUUGAGGCCGAGCCCGAGGUCACUCCUGCAGUUGAGCUGAAGGACCGUGCCGUCGGCGAUGUUGUCAGCGCCUAUAUCGAUGGUGUCCUCGAGACCUGGAUCAACGAGUGGUCCGGUGAGGUCGCUGCGGCCACUUCGACCUCGUCCACCCUCGUCCAGGUGACCACCACCGCCACUCCCACCCAGGUGACCACCUCCAACCCUGUCGAGUCCACUGUCGUGCCCACACCCGCCUCGAGCAGUGGUGGCGCCUGGUCCAACAUGCCAUCCGACGGCCAGUUCUCUCGCUCCGGAUUCGGUGGAGUCUCCGCCUCGAAGACCACCGGUCUCCUCGACUGGGACUAUGUCGGCAACGUUGGUGUCCCAUGGGGCAGCAACAUCAUUCAGGUUGAGGAGGGCAGUGCCAGCCAGUAUAAACACGUCCUCCGCUUUGAGGGCAGCAACACGGACCCCUGGACCGUCCUGUUCUGGAACACCUACGGCCCUGAGGGCAAGAUGGAUGGUUUCUGGGCACCCAACAAGGCUCUUUCCUUCACCCUAGAGCCCAAUGAGGUUGUAUACGUCGCCAUUGACGACAACUCCCAGGGUGGCUGGGCUGCCGCCAAGGGCGAGACGAUCCCCACCACCGGCUUCGGUCAGUACGCUGCCACCUGGGGUGAAUUCGACAUGAGCAGCGAGAAGAACGACGGCUUCUCCGGCUGGGAUGUCUCCUGCAUUAUCGCCCAGCUCAACGACCUCGAAAUUCAGGGCAUGCGCAUCUGUAACCACCUCGGAAACGACUGCUCCGCCAUUGGUGCCGGUCUGACCGGCCUUCUCAAUGCCUAUACCUCAGCCGACCAGGGCAAGCCUGACAAGGCCGUCUCCCAGUCCGCCGGCGCUGUCCGUCUGGUCGUCCAGCUCGACUAUGCGUAA